AUGAAGCGUCACCCGGUCGGGAUAUUAACAAAACUAUUUUGUCGAGUUGCUUCGAACAUGUCACUUAUUGUUGUUGUAGUGUUUUUCUUAUGUCUCAGUAGUCCAUUCAUUUCGUGUAAAAAACAAGAUCCUGUCUGUGUUGAACCAUUGGAUGGUGUAGCUGCAUAUCCAUGUGAAAGUCGUCCAAGCCGAGAGCCACUUAGUUUACAAUAUAGUAAAGUGCAAAUUAGUAAACCAGCUCCAUUGUUUGAUGGCUUAGCUGUGAUUAACGGUGAAUUUAAGGAAGUUAGUUUGAGUGAUUUCAAAGGCAAAUAUCUCGUUCUUCUUUUUUACCCAUUGGAUUUUACAUUCAAUAUUAACACUGAAGUGGUGGCAAUUUCGGUCGAUUCACAAUUCACACAUUUAGCCUGGAUCAACACUCCUCGUGAACAAGGCGGUCUAGGAAAGAUUCAAAUCCCACUCCUAUCUGAUUUGACUCAUCAAAUCUCCAAAGAUUACGGUGUUUACCUUCAAGAUGUUGGUCAUGCCUUGAGAGGAUUAUUCAUCAUCGAUAGUCAUGGUAUCCUUCGUCAAAUAACCAUGAAUGAUCUUCCUGUCGGCCGAUCAACGGAUGAAACGCUCCGACUUCUUCAAGCAUUUCAAUACACUGAUAAGCACGGCGAAGUGUGUCCUGCUGGUUGGCGUCCAGGUGCUGACACAAUUAUACCAAAUCCAGAAGAAAAACUGAAAUAUUUCAGUAAAAACUAUGAAUCAAAGAAGAAUUAA